AUCAGUCGACGUAACUCUGCGAAUCUUUUCGCCUUGGAGAAAUCACGUACGACACAUUUUCACUUACCGUCAUACAAAUUCCAAAGGAUCCGCGACCGAAUUGUUGUAUCGGAUUGUCGACCGGGUUUCAAGCGCGGUAUUCGGUGUCUGCGAUGCGGUCUCCGUCGGAAGGAUCCCUCAUGGACGGAAAUUGAUGCCAUCGUCAACUCGCUCAGCCCAAAACAAGACCGGUCACUCGACACUCAGCGGCACAUUCAGUCCAAACUCUUCGGUGUAUCACUGAGAAUUUGGAUGACACUGCUCAAGAACUGUUCCAGUUCAUUCAACGUCUCGAACAAUUUUGGAAUCGAUCCUCCAGCUCACCUCAGCUCUCUGUUUGUGAAGGAGCUUCUAUAUCGUCAAAAAGCUGAACGAUUGGCUGAAGAGCUCCAGCAACAGCGCAAUCGACGUCACGGCUACGUGCCAACAGCGUCACCUUCAUUAGUUGGCAACAAGGACCGCUUUGGAGGGCUACUGGAUGAGUAUAGCCGCCGUACGAGUCCUGCCCCUCUACACCCCGCUGUCUAUGCGUAUACAGCCACAGCGAUUUUCAAGUUCGACGCCAAAUCACCAAGGGAAUUGUCGCUGAAUCGCGGGGAGAUUGUUCGUAUAACAAGAGAGGUGGAUGCAAAUUGGUUGGAGGGCGAACGGAACGGUCGAAGCGGUUUGUUUCCCCGAAGCUAUGUGCAGUUGGACGACGAAUUCGAUCGUUCGCGGUGCAAGGCAAAAGCCGUUUACCCGUUCACGUCCCGACGAUCCACCGAACUCUCGCUCAAGAUGGACCGCUUUGGAGGGCUACUGGAUGAGUAUAGGCCGCCGUACGAGUCCUGCCCCUCUACACCCCGCUGUCUCUGUACGUACAGCCACAGCGAUUUUCAAGUUCGACGCCAAAUCACCAAGGGAAUUGUCGCUGAAUCGCGGCGAGAGAUUGUUCGUAUAACAAGAGAGGUGGAUGCAAAUUGGUUGGAGGGCGAACGGAACGGUCGAAGCGGUUUGUUUCCCCGAAGCUAUGUGCAGGUGAGAGCAAGCAAUAUCUCAAAUCGCCUUGAAGAAUUUGGCCAGCUUCAGUUGGACGACGAAUUCGAUCGUUCGCGGUGCAAGGCAAAAGCCGUUUACCCGUUCACGUCCCGACGAUCCACCGAACUCUCGCUCAAGAUGGGCGAACUGGUGACGUUGCGAAGGGAGAUCGACGAGAACUGGCUAGAAGGCACAAAUCAUCUCGGUGAAAUAGGAAUCUUCCCCAGAAGCUACGUUCGAUUACUCGAGGACAUUCCGGAUGAUGUGAACGAGAUUCCACAGUUGGCAUAUUCGCCUGAUCGUCCGAAAACUCCCAAAGGCGAACUGGUGACGUUGCGAAGGGAGAUCGACGAGAACUGGCUAGAAGGCACAAAUCAUCUCGGUGAAAUAGGAAUCUUCCCCAGAAGCUACGUUCGAUUACUCGAGGACAUUCCGGAUGAUGUGAACGAGAUUCCACAGUUGGCAUAUUCGCCUGAUCGUCCGAAAACUCCCAAAGUCUACGAAAAGGACGCCUACCGCGAUUUUUUCGACCUGUCUUCCACAACCCAUAACUCGGAGCCUACGAGUUUUUCACGCGAUUCAGGUUUUGUGGAUAAUCGCCUCAGUCAGACGUCUAGCAGUGUCAGGUAA